CCAAUGGAUUAAAAUUCAAAUGACUGAGGAGGAGCAAAACGCUUCAAAAGUUUCAUUUUAUUCAAAAAGUGCUUUCCCGGGAGUAGUUGGUUGCAUCGACGGAACUCAUGUUCGCAUAAUUUCACUAAGAAGAGAAGUGCAACAUCUUUAUCUUAACAGAAAGGGCUACUACAGUUUAAACGUGAUGAUUCUUUGUGUUUAUAAAAUGUCUAUUCGGUAUGUGGAUGCUAGGCAUGCAGGCGCAAAUCAUGACUCUUUUGUUUUCAAUGUUAGCGAUUUGAAAGUGCAUUUACAGAAAAACAUACAGAAUAACACUUGGGUCUUGGGCGACGCUGGCUAUCCUCUGCACAAAUUUUUAAUGACGCCUUAUCGCUUGGCGGAAGCUUCUUCACCCCAAGCACGCUACAAUACAGCACACUCAAAGGCCCGGAAUAUUGUAGAGCGGACAAUUGGUGUACUCAAGAGUACAUUUCGAUUUCUUUUAUCUGUACGAGGUUUACAUUACACUCCCGAAAAGGCUACGCAAAUUGUGAAUGCUUGUUGCGCAUUGCACAAUAUUUGCCAACACUUUCAAGUGGAAUCUCCGGAAGAAAUACCAUCUACUUCACAUACUACAAUGACCAAUGAUAUUUUGGACAUAGAAAGAGNAAGAAGAGGAUACGGCUCGAAUAAUUCGCAAUAA